AUGAGUAUAUUGAAAGACAUGAACACGUUUGAACUAAAAACUGUCAGAGAUUACAUUGGAGACAACGUGGAAGUACCUAAAAACAAUACAGCCAUUUUGACUGUCACUUGAGCGAUCAAACUAUUGAGAGGCGCGUUUCCUGGAAUAAAAAAUUUCAUAUUGCAUGUGAAGUACGACGAUAUCAGACAUUCAAAUGUCAUCACGGAUGGAAUUAGCUUUAUGAAAGUGGUGAUAAACAAGUACGAAGAACUUGUCAUGUAACGAAGAACGAAUUAUGAUGAAGGUUCAGGAAAUUAUACCAGAUUAAAAGAAAGUCAGACUACGUUAAAUACUGACAAGAAGACCAAGGGAAUUUUUUUACUUCAAAUGGGAAGGAGACGAGCUGGUCAUAGACAACAAAAACUCUCCAAAUUACGAGAAACCAGAACAUCCUUACAUGUUCAUGAGUUGGAAUAAAGACUUGGCUUUGAAAAUGGGAUGGAAGAGAAGAACUCGUACAGAUUCGUGCAGGAACUAAUCUCAUACCGGAAAGCUAUGCAGAGUACGGAUGUGCCUCUGCGGCUCACGAUCUGAUGUUCAGACCCAUGCAAACGGACAAACCUAACGGUUUCGACAUAUCUACCCUUCAGUAUUACUUUCACCUCGACGAAAAUGAAGAACAAGUGUAUCUCAGUGCGGAAUGUAAUUGGAGAUUCAAAAAUAUCAACAAAGCCUUUGAUCACAUGAUGGGAAAGACUGCGCAGAGUUUUUUCGUGUACUCAGACGUGAUGAUGAGUGGCAUAGUAGGAAAUCAAGUCACUGAUCUCUUGCGAGAGGUUAAAUACCAACGCACGGGAGCAGGAGUGAAUUAUUUCGAACGGUUACACAUUCAGUACUUACCAGUGCGACGCAACACCAUUCAUACCAUCACAGUAGAAGUGUCCGAUCAUAAAGGGGAAUUGGUUAAAUUCGGAGAAGGAGACACCAUAGCGACAUUACAUUUUAAACAGCAAUCAUGAGAGGAGGUUCUUUAAAGAGAUUCAAACCCGAUGUUGGAGGACAAAAAGGAGAAGGAAUAAAAGAUGUCUUGAGAGACGAUUUGAGCGAUACGUGGAAAGGAGAUGUCGCAGGCUUUAAAAAGAAAGCGCCUCUUCGUAAGAGACCAUACAACGCGAUCAGCGGUUUUCAACAAGGAUUAAAGAGCGGUAUUAAGAGAGGAGUGACAAACGAAGUGAAACGUCAAGCAGCCAAACGACUGAAAGGAUUUUUUGAUUGAGAAUGAAUCGUUUGGGACCCGUGUAUUCUAGAAAGGUGUCUAGCGUGCGUUCAAGACAAGCUCUAGGUGUGGGUCGACAAAAAGGAGGAACCAUAUUUUCUACCGUGAAACGGCGACGUCGGCGUCCGAGUAAAGUACAAAAAGGAGGACGAAUCUUUCAAGAAUCACCAUUUGUGCCUGGAUUCGAACCUGAAACUGUCAAGUGGUUGACGAAACGCACCACAAGAAGAAGAAAGAAGAAACGAUAAUGUCCACGGAAGUCAAUCCCGCGUACGGGAGUUCGCUACCCAUGGUCAAUGCAAAAUUAGACCUUUUCAAAACGCCGCCGACGGACAUCAGUACCUCUUCCUACCUUAUGGUACCCAUUCAACCGUUCACUACUGGCACGACACCCAUUGAUUUCCAAGUGGAUGCCCAAGGGGAUUUUGUGGAUUUGAAUCGAAGUGACUUCGAUGUGGAAUUACAAUUGAGUUCGACUGAUAAUAAUAACUUGGCUAGGACUGCCGAUGACACAGACACCAUGAUUGCACCCGUGAACAAUUUAUCUCAUUCCAUCUUCAAACAAAUCAACAUGAGAUUGAAUAGAACUCUGAUCAGCGAACAAACAGACACCUACCACUACAAAGCGUAUAUGGAAACUCUAUUACACAACAACAGACAAAGACGGUGAAACGAUCUUAGUUCCUCAAGGAUGGUAUAACCACAUCGAUGUGGUAAGCCAAUACACAGCUGCGAACAUCAAAAAUGAUGAUGCUCAGCACGCAGCCCUAUUCCAGCAACACAAAGAUACUUUGAAAGCACAGAAAGAUGCCCUAGUUCCUUUUGUAGCACAAAAAAGGCAUAUGCUGAGGAUGAAACCUCAUUUGGAACCCUUUAUGAUGGGAAAACUUUUAGUGCCUGGAGUACAAUUCAGUAUUCAAUUUUACAUGAAUGCACCAGAACUAAUCUUCGAUGCUGUGACUAUCCGAGGAAAAAUCAGGGAAAUCAAGAUGAAAAUGUACCUGUGCGUGGUACGGUUAAAUGACACCAUCUUUAGAAGUCUGAUGAGUAAAAUGACCACCCAGAAACAAAUUGUCAAGUAUCCCACAGUCAGGUCCGAAAUCGCCACGCGAUCGUUCAGACAAGGAGAAAGAAUACUGGAAAUACAAAAUCCCUUCCAAUCCAGGAUACCCAAUUUCAUUAUGGCAGCAUUGGUGAACACAGCGGCUUUCAAUGGUGCCUACGACCGAGAUCCAUUUUGUUUUGAAAAAUCUAGAGUGACCAGUUUCAAGCAAUUUAUCAGAGGAGAAGAAUAUCCUUAUGAAUCUAUAGACCUCAACUACAACGACGGACAAAAAGAUUGGACAGGAUAUCACAGAUUUCUACAAGCUUCUGGCUGCAUGACCAAAGGAGAACCUAACAUGGUCUUGUCCAAAGAUUGGGGGCAAUAUUACGUAGGUGCUCAUGUCAAAAAUGGCAAUUGUACUCUGUUUGCCAUCGACAACGUAGCCAGCGGAUGA